AUGGGUAGACUUCACAGCAACGGCAAGGGCAUUUCUGCCUCGGCGAUUCCCUACUCGCGCGCUCCCCCGGCGUGGCUGAAGACCACCCCCGAGCAGGUUGUUGAGCAGAUCGGCAAGCUCGCCAGGAAGGGUGCCACGCCCUCGCAGAUUGGCGUCAUUCUGCGAGACUCCCACGGCAUCGCCCAGGUCAAGAUUGUCACCGGCAACAAAAUCCUGCGAAUCCUCAAGUCCUCCGGCCUCGCCCCCGAACUUCCCGAGGACCUGUACAUGCUCAUCAAGAAGGCCGUCGCCGUCCGCAAGCACCUCGAGCGCAACCGCAAAGACAAGGACUCUAAGUUCCGCCUCAUUCUCAUCGAGUCGCGGAUCCACCGCCUGGCCCGCUACUACAAGACUGUCGGCGUCCUGCCUCCCACCUGGAAGUACGAGUCGGCCACCGCCAGCACCAUUGUCGCAUAA